AUGGUUGGACCUGCCGAGACGAAGUCUCGCCACCAUAGCUGCCAGGACUGUCCACUAGUACAGAUUUCAAGAAAGUUCGCUGGCCACCUAAGCCCGCAGUUGCGGAACAGUUGUCGCCAAGUUUCAUCAGAGCGAGUGUUUGCGCUAGGGAUGCUACGAAUCUGCACUCAUAGCGGGAAUUAUAAGGGUUUCUUCAGGAAUGGUGCUAGACCUUUGAUAAAAUUAAGAAAUAUUUCCUCCACAUCAUCUUCUCUAGUUUCAUGCACUUCCAUUAGUGAUGAAAAUAAAAACACCUUGUCGCAGAGAGAAGUUGUUCGGUUACUUCAAAAGGAUGUGAGGUUUGAAGAGAGGUUUUUGGAACGGGUCAACGAUGCAAUUAGUUUGUUCGCCGCACCUCGAGGUUUCAAGAAGUUUUUUGAAUCUGAUGACAGCAAGUCAUCUGUGAAGGAGAACAAAUCGACAUCAGAGGAAAAGCCUAAGUCAGCAGAGUCUAAGAAGUCCAAAGGUGGCAGUGGGAAUCCGGGUGGAACUGGGAACCCUUUGGAUCAAUUCCCCGGUAGUUGGCAGCAGAUUGCCCUCAGCAUUGGCGUCAUACUAGCACUCUAUCUGUUUAUGGAUUAUCAGUCCUAUCGAGAGAUUUCCUGGAAAGAAUUCUUUCAUGAGUUUUUAGAGCCUGGUAUUGUUGACCGGUUAGAAGUCGUUGACAAACGAUGGGUUCGCAUCGUAUCCUCGGCGAAAAGCUCAGGACAAACUUGCUAUUUCAAUAUCGGAAGUGUGGAUAGCUUUGAGCGAAGCUUAGCUGCCGCACAAAUGCACCUUGGGUACGAUGCUGAUCGACAAAUCCCUGUCCUUUAUAAAUCUGAAUUUGAUUUCAAGAGGGAAAUCCCAAAUUUGAUCAGUAUUGCUUUUCCGCUACUGUUUGGGUACUAUAUUUACCGUAUGCUGAAAGGUGGUGGAGCUGCAGGUGGUGCAGGAAGAGCGGGCGGCGGAGGCGGAUUAACUGGUAUGUUUGGUGGUUUUGGACAGAGCACAGCGAGGAUCAUCAACAAAGAAGAUAUCAAGGUCUCUUUCAAAGACGUCGCUGGAUGUGAAGAAGCUAAGAUCGAGAUUAUGGAGUUUGUUAACUUCCUGAAGAACCCGCAACAAUACAAAGACCUCGGGGCGAAGAUUCCAAAGGGAGCCAUUCUUACUGGACCACCUGGAACUGGUAAAACUCUUCUCGCAAAAGCCACUGCUGGUGAGGCGAAUGUUCCGUUCAUCACAGUAUCUGGCUCUGAGUUUCUUGAGAUGUUCGUUGGCGUUGGUCCUGCCCGAGUUCGUGACAUGUUCGCCAUGGCGAGAAAGAACAGCCCUUGCAUCCUUUUUAUUGACGAGAUUGACGCUGUUGGGCGAAAGAGAGGCGGGAAAGGUGGUAUGGGAGGUCAUUCUGAACAAGAAAACACCUUGAAUCAACUUCUUGUAGAAAUGGAUGGGUUCUCUACGGAAGAGUCAUCUGUGAUUGUCGUUGCUGCCACAAACCGUGUCGAUAUCUUGGAUCCUGCCUUGUUACGACCGGGUCGAUUUGAUCGGCAGAUCUAUGUGCCUGUACCCGAUAUAAAGGGUCGUGCAUCGAUUUUCCGAGUUCAUUUGGGACCUCUAAAAACAUCAUUAGAUAAGGUUCAGUUGUCACGAAAGCUUGCUGCACAUACUCCUGGAUUCUCGGGUGCUGAUAUCUCUAAUGUUUGCAACGAAGCUGCUCUAAUAGCUGCAAGAGAUGCGUCUGAGGAAAUUAGCCAAAAAAAUUUUGAACAGGCCAUUGAGAGGGUCGUUGCGGGUAUGGAAAAAAAGAGCCAGGUUUUGCAACCGGAAGAGAAACGAACAGUUGCUUAUCAUGAAGCAGGUCACGCCAUAGCCGGAUGGUUUCUCGAACAUGCCGAUCCUUUAUUGAAGGUUUCCAUUAUUCCACGAGGAAAGGGUUUAGGUUACGCUCAAUACCUACCAAAAGAGCAGUAUUUAUAUUCAAAGGAACAACUUUUGGAUAGAAUGUGUAUGACGUUAGGAGGUCGUGUAUCCGAGGAGAUUUUUUUUGGGCGUAUAACGACAGGAGCUCAAGAUGAUCUGCAAAAAGUCACUCAAAUGGCUUAUGCCCAGGUUGUCAAAUAUGGUAUGUCGACAAAAGUAGGACCAUUGUCUUUCGAAACAGCAGGACCUGGAGAGAUGGCCUUUGACAAGCCUUACUCGGAGGCGACUGCGCAGCUUAUCGAUCAGGAAGUGAGGGAUAUGGUUAACGUCGCCCUUGCACGAACUCGAGAGCUGCUUUUGUCCAAGAGAGAAGAUAUUGAGAAGGUUGCUCAACGGUUACUAGAAAAAGAGAUUUUGUCACGUGAGGAUAUGGUUGAAUUACUUGGAAAACGGCCGUUUGCUGAAAAACAUACUUAUGAGGAAAUGGUUUCGGGAACAGGAGGAUUGGACGAAGAUACUCAAUUACCGAAAGGACUGCAGGAUUGGAAUAAAGAGAAGAAACCGCAACCUGCCGAUUAA